AUGGUCCUGAAGGUACUAAAUACGUUCACGCGCUACUAUAAAUAUGCGAUUCCUGCAUUUGGAUAUCGAAAUCAGUUUACCGGGCAAAAUAUAGUAUUUGAUAAAUCUGUUAAAGAAAAACAACGUGCACGAUCAGCACUUACUGAUGAUCCUCACAUGUAUGACUACAUACGUGAAGAAGUUGCCGACCGAUUAGCUGACCGCCUAAAUGAUAUAUCAAGAAAAUUCGAUGUCGCUUUGGAUAUUGGUUGUGGUCGAGGGCAUUUAUCUCAGUUUAUCACAUCAGAUAAUAUCGGGGUUCUCUACCAACUAGACAGUUCAUCUGAGGUCUUAGUAUGUCUCUUUUUUAAACAGAUUAAACCAUCUGCGGAAGUUUGUACGUAUAACAUAAAUUGCCAUGAGUACUGUUUACCUUUUCGACCAAAUACUCUAGAUUUAGUUUUAAGCUCUAUGAGCUUACACUGGAUAAACGAUCUACCUGGUUUAUUAAAGCAAAUAUUAACUUGUUUGCGUAAUGAUGGAUGCUUAUUAGGUGUGAUGCCAGCAAUGGAUACAUUGUAUGAAUUGCGUGUAUCAUUACAAUUAGCUGAAUUAGAAAGAUUAGGCGGAAUCUCAUCGCAUAUUAGUCCAUUCGUGGAUAGUGUAGAUAUGGCUAAUUUGUUACAAUCUGCCGGAUUCAAUUUAAUCACAUUAGAUAUCGAUGAAAUUGUCAUUCAUUAUCCAGAUAUAUUUGCAUUAAUGAAUGAUCUACGAUUUAUGGGUGAAUCCAAUGCUACUGUUCAUAGACCAUUACGUUUGAAUCGUGAUGUUUUAUUUGCAGCUUCUGCAAUUUACAAUGAGAAAUUCAGUGUUCCUCGUGAAGGUGAAGAAAAUGAACGCUGUAUUCCGGCAACCUAUCGGCUGUUAUAUUUUAUUGGAUGGAAACCUGAUCCUUCUCAAGUAAGUGACCAUUGUUCGUUAUGUGUUGACUGAAGUAUUUUUAAACUGUUGAAUCCUAGUCGAACACCAAGGAAUACAUCUUAAUGAAUCCAAGUCAAACUGUAUUUUAAGGUACUCCAAGUCCCUACUAAUUGUGAAUAUAUGAUUAAUUAUUCAGUGAAGUGGUGAUAUCCUCCCUGUAUGCACAUUUGUAACCUUAGUGUAAUAUAUGACCUUACUCAUUUAUAAAAUAAAUACCCUUUAUAGAUACUCUUCUCUGCUAUGUUUCUUAACUUAGUGAUAACAAGAAAAUUGUUAAAUGAAAUUUAAUUCAAUCAAAUUCAGCAAUCAAGUACCGAUUCUUAUAAUCGUCUUUCAGUCAUACUUUUUGUCUAAGUGUUUCUAACGCUAUCCAGCUGCCCCACACUAAAAUAAGAGAAGCAGAGUUCGGACUUGUAUCCUAUUGAUUAAAUGCUUAAUGAUUAAGUUACUGCUUCACUUCAAUGAGUUGAUUGUUUCAACUUCUUUGCUAUUCAUCUUACUAGUUUUAUUUCACCCUGCUUAUAUGGUGGUAUAGCAACUUUGGCUGACGAACAUUUGUACUGGGCUCCCUGUGUUAAUUAUGACUGACUAACUCAAACUAGUCCUGAAUCAGUAUUUUUUUAUUUAGAGAAAAUUUAUAUGCACAAUAUGUUACUGUCAAAUAAACAAAAAUGAAUUAACGGUGAUAUGAUGCUCCACAUUUAGCUGUAAAAGUAAACUGACAUAAUUUGGGUAACUUUAAUUAAUUUUUGAGAUUAUUGAUAGUUUUUAUGAUCACAAAAUCUUUUGGCUAGAACAUCUGCAUCUCACUCUACUUAAAACAAAAUUUAGUGACCAUAUUUUUACUCCAUUUUUUGAUCUGAUCACUUUUAAUCUUUAUUUUUUCAUUUCUAAAUCAUUGAUUAAGUAUUAAGGUUUCCUUUUAAAUGAGACAAAACAGGUAAUUUAUUCAACUAAUAAUUACAUCAUUCCUGCUUUUGUUUUCUUAUAGAGUAAACCUCUUCCUCGUGGUAG